GAUUGGUUGUAAUACAGACAGUUUUGCUGAUAUGCCAACAGACCGCGGCGCUAGCUCGGUGGGCCGUCCAAGUGACCCCGUGUGGCAGUACUUCAAGAAGCUAGCCACGCCCCUGCCUCCAUCGCAUGUGGAGGAGGAUGGUACAACUGCUACGUUCGCGCGUCCUCGCGCUCGAUGCAUUGCCUGUGGAUGCAUCAUGAUCGGCCAAGUGCGGCAGCUCAAGGCACACCAUGCGCGGUGCGGCAGUCGACGUCACAGCCCUUCUUCACCCAGCGCACCUGCUCAAGACGACGUUAAUGAAGGGAACGACAGCGUUGAUGCGGCGGAGAAUGAACUUUCUCGAAUCCCAUCGAUCAAGCACCAGUUGAGCGCCGCGGAGAAGCUGCUUGUGGUGAAAUGUCAUGCGUACUUCAAGGCCGAGAAGCAGAAGGAGAAGUUCCUCGUACAUCGCAACCCGCCGUGGCAGACCCGCGAUCGCGUGAGCAAGUGCCUCGGCAUGUCCCAGAAAACAGUGUCCCAGGUCAUCGCCGAGUGGAAUCGACACCAAGACCCGACUUUUCAAGUCCCAUUAUUACUCGCUCCAUGUCCACCCUCGACUGCUUCGCAACCAGCGGCGACGACGGCAGCUACAUCAUGCAGCAUGCAGCAGCUAGGCGAAUACGCCCAUGACGUGGAUGCAUAUAUCCAACAUCGCCAUGCCGCCGAACUGCCCGUGACGGCGGCGGUGCUGUGCGCGCACCUGAUGGACUUGCAUUGCCAGCAUGUGGACGUGGCCAAGAUGCGGCUCUUCCUGCGGAGACGCGGGUAUGUGUCUGGUCCUCGCAUAAACGGCCGCCGAUGUCUUAUUCGACCAACUAGUCCACGUCCUCUCUAACUAUUAAUAGGAUGUGUAUUUAACAACUAA